AUGACCGGGUUGCCGGUGGAUAGCAAGUCUGGCGCCUCGAGCAACGGCGGGCAGAAGAGUGUCGCUGAGAAUAGGCAGCCGCCGAGCAACUCGUCGAAUCCGCCGUCUGAAGAAGGUGCUGAGUCGCUCCCGCGACAUCCGCCAGAGCUCUCCGAGGCUCCGGUCACUGCAGCAGCUGACAACAAUUCGCAAAUUGUCAUCGACCCCACAAAGGACCUCUGGCAGAACAUUACGCGAAAUGUCAAGGACGCUGCUGUAGAGCAAACCGAGAUAAACUUGGUUGUGGUCGGAGCCCCUGGCAGCGGCAAGACGACCCUUCUCCACCGAAUCUAUACCUCCUUCCAGAGCAGCGCGAGUGGGUCCUGCUCUAAGAGGGUGAAGGCGACGACGGCGCUCGACUACAGCUUCGCCCGCCGAUCGGAGCGCAACGUGGCUCCGGUGGCGCACUUCUGGGAGAUCGCGCAAGGGAUGCAAUUCUCGCAACUGCUGGACGUUGUGGUAACACCGGAGAACGUGCAUGCCAUAGUCGCGGCUGUAGUGGUGGACGCAAGCGAAGAAGGGCUACCGGUGGCGUGGGAGGCAGCCACGUACUGGAUGCGGCGAAUCGACCAGCGUGUCAGCGAUAUUUCUCAGCGAAUGAAGGCGAAGGGGUCGACCACGCCAGAGAAGCUCCUGACCCGCGCGCAGAAGGCGGUAGGGCUCGAACAUCCUGACUUGAAGCGAAUGCGCCUCAGUGGAGUUCCGACAGUGCUUGUCGUCAACAAGAUCGACGCGUUUCGAGGUGACAUGCAACAGCUAAAACUCCUCUGCCGUAGCAUGCGCUACCUUGCUCACCUGUACGGUGCCCAUGUCGUCUUCACCAGCGAGCAGGAGAGCGUGCGAUGGCGCGCGCUGAUGAACUUCACUCUCUUUCAGGCUCCCUUUGACCCCAAGCACCUGCAGACGGAUCCGGAGCGAGGUGCCGUGUUGCUGACGGCUGACCGCGACAGUUUCUUGGAUAUUGGUGACCCCAAUAUGAGUCGGCUUGGCGGCGGUGGCAGCAGCGCCAGUACCGGCGACGCUGAGCUGGAUCGCUGGAAGGUACCCUUUGAUGAUGCAUUUCCGCCAAAGAAGCUGAAUGAAGAGGACAAGGUGAUGGACGAUCCUUUUAUUCGCCGGCUGUACGACACAUCAGAGGGCGGCUUUGGCGAACCGAUGAUCGACACUCUGCGCAAGCAGAAGGACGAGGAGCUGGAGCAGUACCGUAAGAACAGCAGCAACGCCGCCAACGCGAGCAAAGUCAAGUGA